GCCGCCGCCACCAUCCUGCACGCGUCGCUCACAGCGGGCCCCCCCUCUCCGCCGCCUCCGCCACGUGACUUGGAGGCGGGGCCGGGCAGAGCCACGCCCCCCACACCGGCGGUUGUGGCUGCGGGAGGGGCCCUUCCCGCCCUUUCGGGACUCGGGAGCCGUUGCCCUGGCCACGCUCUUGGCGGGAGCCGCUCGGGGGAGCGUCGGCAUCGCCACGGCGCGCGGCUCCCCGUUUCAGGGGUCUGAUUGAUGGCCUCGUGGUGGUGCUGUGCAUGCGAGGGAAUGUGUAAGAUUCCCACCCCGGCAUUGAGCGCUGAAGGAAAAAACAAAGGAAAUACAAUGCACUUAUUAGUGGGGGUGUGGGGGGGGGGACCAUGAGCAGGAGGACCAGAAGAAGUUACCCGAAGAAUACAAAGCCUGCGCUCCGAACAGGAUGAAACUGCCUAAGUCCCUAAUGCUACCACAAGACGACAGUACCAGCCCACAUGCAAGAAAGGAGAAAAAUCUGCAUUCUCUGUAUCUGACUGAAGCAAACAAUAGGCCAUUUGCAGCCUUUUAAUGGUGCCUCAAAAAUCUGCCGCCUGAGGGAGUUUGCCUCAGGCUAAUUUUGCCAGAUGUCCACUAUUUCAAGGGGCACACAGCUCUGGUUUGGAAUUCACUUUAUUCCUCAGCCAGAUGGCAAUAAUUUUGCAUAAGAACACUAAACCCAUACAGAAGUACACACAAGGCGGAAGAGGAUGUUCAACAACUCAUUUUAAAGGGAUUAUUGUAGAACCAUUCCUGUGUCCCUCCAUUGACUGCAAAACCAACUUGGCCCUAUAAAUUAAAAUGCAAACACAAUCAAGUUCUAUAGCUCUGCUUAAAAAAAACAAAACCCAAACCUCUAAUGUAAUGAUUAGGCCUCAUCUCAGAUACCACAUCUCCAAAGUGCCCCUUAUUUCUCACAAGUCCAACAACAAAAAAAUAAGGCAAGUCCUGCAAGAUCAGACCAAAGGUCCAUAGGAAAUAGGAUAUUGGACUAUUACCCACAGUGGCCAGGCUGGUGCCUCCAGGCAGCUUUAUAAGUUAAUUCUAGCCUUGGGAGCUACCAGCCUGAAAUAGUGGCUUGCGGAAGUGGAGCCAGUCACAGAAUGGCAACUUGUAUAGAAAGUUACAUCUACAGAAUAAGAGAAGUUAACAUCAAACUGAAUUCUCAGAUAAUCUUGCUGCUGCAUAAGAGGGGAGGAAGAGAGGCUGCUUUGUGGGAGAAGAAACUGGAGAAUAAAUAAAAAGUAGAGAAAGUGAAAGCAACCCUAAUAAUUCAGAGAGAGAGAGAUUAAAAAUGGCAGAACCAUAUUCUCACUCAGAUUUGCAAAUCCAAAUGUCUGCAGAAGUGCUAUAUAACCCAAUAAGAUCCACUACUUUAUCUGCAAAGCCUUCUAUUAGUUCUUCAUCCAUAUGUGCUGUACAAAAGUGAAAAAGUAAUUAAUUAAUUAGAACACCACAGGUCCAGUCUAAUUCUGAUGUUAUUCAUGUUGUGGCCAAAUAUGGUUAUAUAAUAUGCCAAAUGUGUAUAAAUGUAGUCUGAUUGAUAUAAUUAUCUUAUUAUUAUUAUUACUAUAUAUAUAAAAUCAAUCAAAUCACAGGUCCAGUCAUCAUAAAAUUUGCAUAAUUGUUUAGCUGCUGACUGAUCAGCCACUAGUGAAAAGUCAAUUCAUAUAAUCGAUAUUGAUAUUAUUGAUUUCAUGUUAAUGCAUUUUUGUUUCGCACUUAAGUGUAAAGGGAGAAAAACAAUAUUGCAGUUAUUUUUCGACACAAACACGAUCACACACACAAAAGUGCGACGCAAUUAAACGAGCAAGAACAGCGUGCUUGUCGUGUUACUAAAGCAACACCUUUUUCUGACUCAGCGAAAAGGUCAGCUCAGCGCGCGUAAGUUUAUUCAUGAAACGCUGGGUGACAAAGCCCCUUUCUGUGCACUGAUUGGCUGAUUCUUCCAUAUCCUGGCCGAAUUGUGAUUGGCCAAUCUCUCAACCUUCCCAGUACUCAAUUGGUGAGUUUCUUAUUUCACCCUCCCGUUUGUUUAUUGGUUAACCUUCGUUCGUUCUGGCCGUUGAUUGGUUCGCCUUCUACAGCUGUGGAACUAGCGCUAGGGCCGUGGUAAGGAUCUGUGUGAGGCCGGGACGGCGGCAGCAGAACGGAAAGCCUCAAAAUAUAGAUAAGCGGAUCUUUUCCUCUAGCCCUGCCAUACAAAUGGAGCUCACAUACCAAACAUUGAAAACGACUUAUCAGGCCAAGGAGGCGGAAGAGAUGCGGACAGAAGCCCGUCGAAAAAACCUUCUUAUUUUGAUCUUACAUUAUUUAACUGAAGAAGGGUAUGUUGAUGCUGCCAAUGCGUUGGAACAAGAAACAAAGUUGGGCUUGCGUCGGUUUGAAGUCUGCGAUAAUGUUGACCUUGAGACUAUUUUGAUGGAAUAUGAGAGUUACUACUAUGUAAAAUUCCAGAAAUACCCAAAGAUUACCAAAAAGGUUUUAGACACAACAGAUAAUAAAUCAAAAAGUGGAGGAAAAACAAAAAGGGCAGCUAGCGGCACAUAUCGCAACCUUCCUAAAAUCUACCAGCAUCAAGCAUCUCAGAGGCCGGUCUCGAAAACUGCAUCAAGUAGAACAGCCGAGUCCAAGCUGUGCAGCAAGGAGAGCCCUAGACAGGAGAUUGAAGGUCCUUUAGGCAGAAUGCCAUCUGAAUUUGGUUUAAGUGUAUCUGCAAUCCACAAAGGAGGAGGAGGUGAAGGCACUCAUCCGAGAAAGGGCCAAAUCAUUGAUUUCCGUGGGAUGAUCCAAGAUGCUAUCAAAGGCGCAUCAAAUGAAAUUGCCUUGCACAGCUUUAACUGCAAUCCAGACCCUUCAGAACGGUUGUUAAAACCUCUGGGUGCCUUUAUUGGAAUGACGGCUGAAAUGAGAGAGCUUGCAACGGUUGUAAGCAGGGACAUCUACCUCAAUAACCCAGAUGUAAAGUGGGACGACAUUAUUGGACUUGAUGCAGCCAAGCGGUUAGUCAAGGAAGCUGUUGUGUACCCCAUCAGGUAUCCGCAGCUGUUUACAGGCAUCCUCUCUCCGUGGAAAGGACUGUUACUGUAUGGGCCUCCAGGUACUGGGAAAACUUUGCUAGCUAAAGCAGUUGCCACUGAAUGCAACACGACCUUCUUCAACAUCUCAGCCUCCACCAUUGUCAGCAAAUGGAGGGGUGAUUCAGAAAAGCUUGUCAGAGUGCUGUUUGAACUUGCUCGCUACCAUGCCCCCUCCACCAUCUUCCUGGAUGAGCUGGAAUCAGUCAUGAGUCAACGAGGCACUGCUCCAGGUGGUGAACAUGAAGGAAGUCUGCGGAUGAAAACGGAAUUAUUGGUGCAGAUGGACGGCCUGGCUCGAUCAGAUGAUCUUGUCUUUGUUUUAGCAGCUUCCAACCUGCCAUGGGAGCUGGAUUGCGCCAUGCUGCGCCGGCUGGAGAAGAGGAUCCUGGUUGGCCUCCCAAACAAAGAGGCAAGAGAAGCGAUGGUCCAGCACUGGCUGCCUCCUGUGAGCAACAGCGGAGGGGUGGAGCUGAGGACGGAGCUCAACUACCCCUUGCUCAGUCAGGAGAUGGAAGGAUACUCUGGCUCGGACAUUAAGUUGGUCUGCAAAGAAGCUGCUAUGCGUCCUGUGAGAAAAAUCUUCAGUGCCCUUGAAAAUCAUCAGCCAGGCUGCGGGAACUUGCCUGUCAUCAGACUUGACAUGGUCACAACGGAAGACUUUCUUGAUGUGAUCACUCACACCAAGCCCUCGGCUAAGAAUUUAAGCCAGAAAUACGCUGACUGGCAAAGAGAAUUUGAGUCUGUCUGAGCUGGAGGUGGACUUGUUGAAACCCCAAUCAAAGAUUUCAGCCAUCCAAAAGAAGGCAGAUCCUGCAAAGUUCUACUACCAAAAGGCUGAAUACUUAUAUUAAAACAGUUUAUUUCCCCCCAUACUGUAAGAACAUCAGGAGAAACCAUAGAGGCCCAUUUGUCAUUCUCAAAGGUGCAUGAUACAUUUUGAGGGAGGACGGUGUCCACUGUGCUUUGUGAAACUAUUCUCUCCAGCUGGUAACUCUCUAUUAAUAUGCGAGGGAAACAUUUUUGCACAAAAUCUUAUGGCUAAAACCAAUGGCUGAUUGUAAUAUGCUCUCGCAACAUCCAGAUAUUGCCCAAGACCCAUCUCACAGUCAGACCAUACUAGUAUUUUGCUACUGGAGUUCUCCUCCUUAGAGGAAUAUGGACAAUAUUACAAUACCAGACCUGACAGAUGGCUAGUUGAACUUCUCAGGGAUUCUUGUACUAGAACCAGCAGAUCUCAGUGAGGACUGACACAAUGAAGAAUAAACUAUUUGGCCAUCUCUUGGG